AUGAAAUUCAUUGAUGAAUUAGAUGUUGAGAGGGUUAAUCAGACCCUGAAUUUUGAAACAAGUGAUUGUAAAAUUACUGGAGGUUGUGAUAUAUUCACUACUAAACCAGUGGCUUCUGAUAAGAAACUUUACAAGACUAUUGAUAACCAUUUGAACGUAUUGCUACAGGAAAAUGAAACCUACAAUGCAUUUCAACAAAGGCAAAACGACUUAGACAAUAACGGAUUACUAUCACCAGCUACUUCAGAGCAAAGUAGAGAUUGUAAUUCUUUCUGGGAACAAAAAAGAAGAAUGUCUGUUAGUGAUAAUGAUAACCAACAAAAUAUCGGAGGCACUCCCAUUUCUAUUAGAACUAGUAAACUAAACGACCAGAAUUUAAAAGAUUUAGUAACGAAUUCAGACAACGAAUAUUUAAGUUCUUCAUCCAUAGAAUCCUCUUCCAAUCAUGGAGAAAAAUCAAGAAGGUCGUCAAGUGUAGCGGUGAAUGGGUCAAGUUCAAAUAAUAAGUUUAAAGUUUCUAAAAUCUCUAAAAAUAGAAGAAGGUCGUCCGCAAACCAUGAUCCUAGCAAUAUAAAUAUUGGUCCAUUUGGUCCAAUUAACGAAACAGCUAGUAGGAGGAUAUUUGCAUAUUUGAUUGCAAUAUUGAAUGCUUCGUAUCCAGAUCACGACUUUUCUUCUUUAGAACCGACAGAUUUUGUCAAAAGUUCACUGAAAGAACUAAUAUCAAAGUUCGAAAAUUCCUUAUAUUCACUGGGAAAACAGCCAGAAGAAUGGAUGUGGGAAAUAAUUAAUUCACAUAUGGAUUUGUCAGAUUGUGUGAUAUACAGGUAUGAUCCUAACAAGUCAUUUUUGGACGAUGAGCCUGGUCAUUUAUGGAGCUUAAAUUGGUUCAUCUUCAAUAAAAAAAGAAAAAGAGUAGCAUAUCUCUACUUAUAUGCUUUAAGAAUACAAGCUCCAAUGACUGAUAUUAAAGAAACUCUACCGAGAUGCGGGAGGAAGUUGACUAUUGAUCAUGAUUCAAAUCAAUUUGAAGGUGAGUAUGACUUGGUAUAUGAUGACAACGCUAUUGAGGAUGACUCAGAAGCCGAAGCUACAUGA